GCCAGUGAGCGGGGGUAACGUCGUCACCCUAACGCCGCCGCCGUGGCCGGGAGCGGAGCCCGCGGCGCAGCCCUAACGCCGCCACCCCAUGGCCUCCUGCGACGGCGACUUCGGCCUCCUCGGUGACGACGCCCACCCCGCUCCCCAGCCUUCCGCCCAGCCGGCCCCGCCGCAGCAGGCCCAGGGCUUCUGCUUCGUCGAAGCCUCGGCCGCGGGCUCCGGCGCCGGCCCCUUCGCGCCGGCCCGGGAGGAGGGCAACCACAGCUCCGACCGCGGGAAGGCGUCGCACCACACCAAGCGGCGGAGGGACCGCCCGGAGGAGUUCAGCGAUGGGGGCGAGUACUGCUCCUACAUCAGCGGCGGCAGCGGCGGGGGGAGGAAGGGCCGUGGCGGCGGCGUCUCGUCGGACUACCGGAAGGAUCGGGAGGAGUGGACGGACGGUGCCAUCAGCAGCCUCCUCGACGCAUACAUGGACCGGUUCGAGCAGCUCAACCGAGGGAAUCUCCGGGGGCGGGACUGGGAGGACGUCGCCGCUGCCGUGACCGACGGGCAAGGCAAGAGCAGCGGGGGCAAGAGCGUGGAGCAGUGUAAGAAUAAGAUCGACAACCUCAAGAAGCGGUACAAGGUAGAGUGCCAACGCAUCGCCGGCUCCGCCUCGGUCAGCCUCUGGCCCUGGUACAAGCAGAUGGAGCAGAUUAUGGGCAACUCCCCAUCGCCCGGCACCCCCAAGCCGCCGCCGGCCACCAACGACGAGAAGCCGCGGCAACAGCAGCAGCACAGCAACAAGAGGUACCCUUCUUCCGGCACUGGCCACGCUACCACCAUGGUUCCUUAUUCCAGAUCCACUCCUCUCUCGAAUCCGAAAUGGAAACGGGUACUUCUGAAGAUUGGGGGCACUGCAUUGGCUGGAGAAGCUCCUCAUAAUGUUGACCCUAAGGUGAUCAUGCUGAUUGCCAGAGAAGUUCAAGUGGCAUGCCGCCAUGGUGUUGAGGUGGCUAUUCUCAUGGGAGGUCGGAAUGUAUUCUGCGCUGACUCUUGGGUUGCUGCCACAGGCACCGAUAGAGCUUCAACACAUCCGAUUGGAAUGAUGGCAGCAGUGAUGAAUGCAGUAUUGCUCCAAGCGUCACUAGAAAAAAUAGGUGUGGAGACACGAGUCCAGACUGCACUGAUGAUGCAAGAGGUUGCAGAACCAUACAUAAGGCGGCGAGCUAUACGCCAUCUGGAAAAAGGAAGAGUUGUUAUCUUUGGUGGAACUGGUGCUGGUACAGGAAAUCCACUUUUUACAACAGAUACAGCUGCUGCACUGAGAGCUUCUGAAAUCAAUGCAGACGUUGUCCUUAAAGGUGUCAUUGGAGAUGAUGAAUAUGGUUGUCCUCCUAGGAGCAACGGCAGUGCACCAUUUGAGCACAUCUCAUUUAGGGAGUUGGCAGCAAGAGGAACCAGCAAAAUGGACAUGACAGCAAUUACAUGUUGUGAGGAGAACAAUAUUCCUGUUGUCAUCUUUAACAUGUUAGAGCCUGGUAACAUGUCCAGAGCUAUUUGUGGCGACCAAGUAGGUACGUUAGUUGACCAGUCAGGAAGGAUAACUUAAAUCACAAGGGCGAUUAGCUGUGUUGUAGCAUUGGGACAUUUGUAUUCUCUCACGGCAGUGUGCAUCUUCGUUGAUUGCAUGGAUCUUUGUGGAUGGGAGAGAGGGUAAUGUUCCUCGGAGAGAAGGCUCACACCUUGAUUUGCAUCGGGUGCUUGUUGCGUGACAUCUGUUGUAGCGGCUCUGCCAUGAGAAGUUGUUUGUUUGUAGUAUCUGUCUGUAAUGUGAUGGUUAGACUAGUUGAAGAGCCUUUGUAUAAAGUCAUAUUUAUGCCUGCGUAUGGCGUUAGGUCAGAUCAUCAGAAUGUUGUAUUGUGCUCUAGUAGUAACUUGUAGCGCUGUUGUUGAGCUGUAGUGUUGUACUGUAUUGGAGAAAGGCAUUUUUCUUCCUUACGUGCUCGAA